AGCAGGUGCCGGCGGAAGUGACGGCCAUGGCCCCGCCCCCUGCGGCCUAGCAUGGCGGCGCUCCGCCUGCGCCUCGCCUUCGAGUACCCGCCGCCUCUACUCCCCGCCGCCCGGCUCUGUUGGCUGCUCCUGCCCGCCGAGCAGUGCCGUGUAGUCGCCGACCUGGAGAGUAUCAUCCGCCGCCGUCUCGGCUUCGGUCGCCGCGCCCGUCUCCACCUCUACCUGGACGGCGCGCUCCUCCCGCCCAACGAGAGCGCGCUGCUCGUGCGCGACAACGACUGUCUCCGGGUGAAGCAGGAGGAGCUGACCAAUGGCCUUGGGGCCGGAGACGGGGUGGACGGGCUGCCCGAGAGCAGCAGGAAGAGGGAGCGGCCGGCAUUGAGCGAGGGCAGGGAGCGGAAGAAGAGGAGGACGGUCGGAGUGCAGUGCGAGGAGCAGCGCAUGCCAUGCAGUGUGGAUCAAUGCACUGCUUCCAGUGAGGAGCAGGACGUGCCCUGCAGCAAUGGAGCUGCCUUCCCCGCCGAUGCUGUGCGCUCCAGGAAGAGGAAGACGGCUCCAGAGGUGGAGGUGGAGGUGAAAUGCAGCGCUCGGAAAACACAAAAACUCAAAAAGAAAAAGGAUAAAUUCAGCAAGGAGCAGGAGCGGACGGAACCUUCCAGCAAAGGGGCAGUGGUCAGUCGCAGCUCCCAGAGGGUGCAGCACAGCAGCCGCAGUAAAUGCAAUGAUGCUGAAUCGGACAGUGAGAGCCCGUCCGGUGAAACCGACGGCUGCCAGCAGCUGACCAAUGGCGAGCGUGGCCACUGCGGUGUGGACGGUGAGAGAGAAGCGCAGCACAAUGAUGCAGCACCAUGCAGCGGCAGGGAGAAAGGAGCGCAGCGCAACACUGCAGCACCGUGCAGCAACAAGGAGAGGAAAGCUCAGCGCAAUACUGCAACGAGCAAUGUCAGGGAGAGGAGAGUGCAGAGCGAUGUUGCAGCACCGUGCAGCGACAGGGAGAGAGGAGUACAGCGCAACACUGCAGCACCAUACAGCGACAGGGAGAGAGGAGUACAACGCAACACUGCAGCACCAUGCAGCGACAGGGAGAGAGGAGUACAACGCAACACUGCAGCACCAUACAGCGACAGGGAGAGAGGAGUACAACGCAACACUGCAGCACCAUGCAGCGACGGGGAGAGCGUACAGCAGGCCGGCGCUGCAGCAGAGGGGCUGAGCACGCCCCUGGACCUUGCCCUAGCCGCCGCUGCUCCCCGCUGCUCGCCCGGUGCUGCCCGCGGUGACGGCUGGGAGGGGCCCGAUGGUGCCCGCUGUGGGGGGCGCAGUGAUGCCCAUGGUCGCUUGCCCGCCCUGCCCCCCGCGCCAGCCUGUGCCAUGGUGCGAGGCUAUGGAAGGGGUCGCGGGAGGGGCAUCUCCAACUGGGAUUGGCAGCACCAUGGGCACUUCCGAGGCCGGGGGCAAGGGGCCCCACCCCCCAUCAAUGGCUGGCCAAAGCCUGGGGAAUGGCAAGAUCCCACGGCAGGGCCACGAGAGACCACGGAGCAGAGGGCCCCAGGGCCCACUACACAGAGACUACAGCACGCUGCCCCUACUGGCCGCUCCACCACAGCUCGGGGAGAGGAUCGCGUUCAAGGUGUUGGAGCUGUCGGACAAUUACACGCCCGAGAUGUCAGAUUACAAGGAGGGACGUGUCGUGCGGUGGGACGCUGCGACUGGAGAGGUGGAGCUCAGCUUGGACACCAAGCCCCAGGUGAGGGCACCGUUGCCAAGGCAACCCGCCGGGGCGAGGGGGGGGGGGAGGAGCCGUGUGACCCUGGGAGUGGGGGUUGUGUCUGGGGGGGGGGAGCGGUGGGCUGCCCAGGUCCAGCCUCUUCCCCAGGUCCAGCCUCUUCCCCGGGUCCAGCCUCUUCCCCAGGCCCAGCCUCUUCACCAGGCCCAGUCUGCUUCCCCGGGGUCCAGCCUCUUCCCCAGGCUCCAGCCUCUUCCCCAGGGCCCAGCCUCUUCCCCAGGGUCCAGCCUCUUCCCCGGGCCCAGUCUCUUCCCCAGGCCCAGUCUCUUCCCCAGGCCAGUCUCUUCUCCCAGGCCCAGUCUCUUCCCCCAGGGCCCAGUCUCUUCCCAGGGACCAGCCUCUUCCCCAGGGUCCAGCCAGACCAGGGAUCACCUCUUCCCCAGUCUGCUUCCCCAGGGCCCAGUCUCUUCCCCAGGGCCCAGCCUCUUCCCCAGGGCCCAGCCUCUUCCCCAGGGCCCAGUCUCUUCCCAGGGUCCAGUCUCUUCCCCAGGUCCAACCUCUUCCCCAGGCCCAGCCUCUUCCCCCCGGGGGUCCAGCCUCUUCCCCAGGCCCAGCCUCUUCCCCCAGGCCCAGUCCUCUUCCCCAGGGCCCAGCUCUUCCCCAGGGCCCAGCCUCUUCCCCAGGGCCCAGCCUCUUCCCAGGCCCAGUCUGUCCCCCAGGGCCCAGUCUCUUCCCCAGGGUCCAGUCUCUGCCCCAGGGUCCAGUCUCUGCCCCAGGGUCCAGUCUCUUCCCCAGGGCCAGUGUCCCCACCUAUAACCAUCUACUCACGCGUGAUACUUUUUCUGUUGCAUGUUGCAGCACACGCAUGUUCAGUGUGUAAGAGUGAAGCUGAGGAUGCAGCACUGCAGACAACUGCAUGUAUGGACCUUGCGCCACUACCCUUGUCCCUGGCACCCGUGCAGCUCCACUGCCCCUUGUGCGGGCCCCACCACAUGUGGUCAGGGCACGGGCUGAACUUAAUCCCCAGGGGUCAGGGUGCGGACAGUGUCCACUCUGCCAACCACAGGGUUACAGCCGUCAGCCAGCGUCCUCCUCUGACCCGCAACUGUGACCACACUGCCCGGUGA